AUGACUUACAUUCAACCAGAUAAACCUCAAGAUAUUUGUUUUUUACAGUGGAGAACUGCUAAAGAAAAGGAUUCUUAUGAUAGCGAUAUUGUUGACGAGGAUGUCAGCGAUGCCGAUUCACAAAAAGGAGUGAAUAAACAUGACUUAGUGGAUCAGAUAUUUCCGCCUAGAGAAUGGGUGGUCGACACGGGCGAGCUCGGAGAACAAAUCUGGACACAGUCUAUAUCAAAAGAUCUGCCGUCAAGAGCAGGCAUAAAGGACACCAGCACAAUGCUGAAGGUGUACGAGGAAUUUUUCGGUGUCAGGAAAACGGGGAUAUGUGAAUUGAGGAGUGCUCUGUACGUUUCUUACUUCGACGAAGCGCUAAGACAGAUCGCGGUCAUCAACGAAACGUUAGGCCGACUCUUGUUUAGAGUUCGCGAAGAUCUGAGAAACACGGCUUUUGUUUACAAGAUGCUGCACGAGAGAAGUUUAACUUACAGCGGGAUGUAUUCGGAUCGAUCGACCUACGAGGAGGAAAUGGAACAAGAGGUUGAGUAUUUAAUCAAAAUAAACGAAGCGCAUGAAACAAAAAUCGAAACGCUAAACACUUGGUUGGAUAAAUUUCGGGAAAACGUGGCAAACCGUUCGGCUCAGUCUAGAGAAAUGCAUGAGAUAUCUGUCAAAUCAUUGAAGAGAUCCAUUAAUCAACUUUCGGAACAGUUAAAUACCUUAGCGCCGUUAAUGCGGUCCGGUGACCAAGCAGUCGCGGGUAAACAACAAGAAGAAGAAGCAGUAGUAGCGACAACUUGA